AUUGAGUCUGAUCAGACCCACAGCACUCUGACGAAGUUUCUUGAACGGAAAAGUAGAAACACUCUCAGCGCACGAGAUGCUGAGGGAAAUGAUUCUCGUUUCCGCGGCGCUCAUUGUGCUUGCCAGUGCCACGGUAGUUAAUCAAUGUGAUUCUGGUGACCCGUUCGAAGAUGCCAAUCAAAUCAGUAUAUCCGACUGCGACAAACCUGAAUGUCUGUUAAAACAGGGAUCGACUAUCUAUAUACGAAUACAACUCGUGCCUAACAGAGAUAUUCAGAAUUUGAUUAAUGACGUAUCGGCGCUUCUUUUUAAUAAAUCUCUACCGUUUGUAGGAGUUGAUGGAACAAAUGCCUGUAAUAAUAUUUACAAUGUUGAUGGUAGCAAAGCCGAUUGUCCCUUGCAGAAAGGCAAAGAAUAUGUAUACGAAAACAGUUUCUCUAUUUUGCGAAUAUAUCCCAAGGUUCCACUAAUCGUACGUUACGCAUUGCGAGAAGGAAAUGAUAUAGUUAUUUGCUUCGAAGUACCAGCGAAAAUUACAAAAUAAAAUGCUUCGUUUUGUUGAUUUCGGCAUAUUACAAUUAAAGUUCUAGUACACGUAGUCAAUGUGAGUUUAUGUAAUUGGCUGAUAGGGUAACUCCGGUAUAUA